GAUAACAGAAUGCGAUCAUUUAACAUGAAGAUAUUUAACAAUGAGCUUCCAACCUUACAAAAACUUAAGACUAGAUAUUCAUUAAUAUAUAAGACAGAUAAAUGUUUUCGUUGUGACCUCUUAAUAGAGGAUCAGGCACAUGUUUUUACAUGUGAAAACAAUCCAAGUAAUCUAAAUAAUUUGAAAGCAAUGAAAUUAGAUGAAGAAGGAAUGCAUAAAAAUAAAGAUGAAAUUUUAUUUUUGGAUAUAAUUAUGGGACUAAUAUC